AUGCCUUUUGGAGACAACGAGAAACCAUUUGUGCAUCAAUGCCAGGGCGGCUAUAAUUUAAAAAGCAGACACUUCAAGUUCUUUCUCAAAGACAUUCACUCGACAACGCUAGAUCGGAUGCCGCAGAACAACAAGCACGUGGACAACUACGAAAGAACAUACAAAGUUCCAGUCAUUUGCAUGUUCGGCGAAACGCCCGACGAUCACUCUGUAAUGGUCUUUGUCCACAACUACUUUCCCUAUUUCUACAUUGCAACGAAUCCGCAUGUGCUCGAAAGAGACAUGAACGCAGUCCUCGAGCUUUUGAAAAACGACGCGCGACUCAUAGUACGAGGCGAAUUUCUUGGAAAAUUGAAGCCAUUUUGGCGGACUCCGUUUUACGGCUACACUACUGAAAAAAGAUUGUACAUCAAAAUAACCUACACGAAGCCGUACUUGCACGAUGCAAUAAGAGGAGUGUUGGAGGAAAAGUUCAAGGUUCAAAAUGGAUUUUACAAUUAUGUGAAUCAGUUUUACUCAGACCACAAUGUCGCCUUGAACAAAUCCGUUUACCUAAAUCGCUUCCGCUACGACGAGCGCCCGAAAGCGGAGUUCAACGGGAUCGACUUUCUGACCGGCCUCCCCAGAGUGCAGCCAGGCUCGCGCCCGACAAGCUGCGACUACGAGCUGCACUGCUCUUCCGACGACAUUUUCAACAAAAAGCUUCUCCCGCAUUUCGUGGAGCACGUGUACGUGGACCCGCGCUGCGACCAUCCAGCUCUGCACAUUCACUGGCUCAACAGGAAAAAUCAAGAUCCGGAAAAUCCAGUUAUUGAGUACGACGACUUCGAUUCUGAUUCCGAGGCGCUGCUGGAAAGAGAUCCGAACAGGUCACAAAUUGACUUGGACGCGAGCCAGAUUUUACGGGUCGUGGCGGAUCUGGAAUCCAGAGGAAUUCGAGUCGAUAUGCAAGCGCUCGCAAAAAAGAACGAGGAAGAAGGAAUCAAGGAAGAGCCCGAAAAUGGCGCUAAAGAGUCGCCGAAGAGUCCAAAUCCGAUUCUUGACGAGCGAAAAUCGCCAGAAGUUCUCUUGAGCUCAGAUGAAGAAGGUAAUUCUCAACCCUUAUUCGCGGCUGGAGAAAAUGACCUUCUGAGCCAGUCAAUUUACCUCCCCGAUUCUGAAAAUGAAGAAGACAAAAAGAAACCAGUUCCUAGCGAUUUGGAUCGAGAGAGACGAAAGAGCCAAUAUCCGGAAACAGGGAUUGAUAGUCUUAGAAUCGCGAGUCAGCGGAAAAUAAGCGAGUCUGAAGAAGAUGGCUCGAUUGCUGAAAACUGGGACUCGGAAGGCGACGAUUUCUGGGAAGAAGAACUUGAAUCGAACGAUUCGGAGAGGCUUAUUGGCGACUUGAGCAAGAAAGACGGCGAAGAGAAGUCCAAUGAUUCCGUAAAGAUUAUUGGCGAAGAAAAGAAAGAAGAAGAGGAAGAGACCGGACCGAGUUGUUCAUUUUCUUCAAGAAGAAAACAUUUAAAAAUCGUGGAAGAAAAGCCAAAAAGAGCGGCAUUUCUGGAAUCCUCGAGCGACGAAGAUUCAGCUGAAAGUAAUCACUCCGAUGAUCUUUUUGCGAGAGACUCAGAUUCAAGCUCGAAGAAUUCGUGCGAAGACGAUUUCAACGAAAGUUUCGACGAAGAAUACUAUGAGACGUUAUGA